AUGUCCACUGCUCGGACUCGCGACACCAUCUCCGAAUGCAUCUCCCAAGCCCAGUCGGGCUCCAACGAAGCAAAGGAAAGAGCCCUUCAGACGCUCGCCAAGAUCACCAAAGUCAGCCCUCUAAACCGGAGCCUGCUUGCUCAAGCAGAUGGAGCGAUCCCUGCUUUCCUCAGGCUCACUGAGUCCGACUCUCCCGUUGUUCGAGCCCUGUCGCUCUCCAUCCUCUUCAACCUCUCCCUCAACCCGGACCUCAAGCGGCCCCUGGCAGACAUGGAGACCAUCAACCGUCUCAACUCCAUCAUCCUAUCUCCUAGCUCCCCUGAAUCCAGCAGGCUAGCAGCCUCCCUCGUUUGCAGCCUCGCCAUGCUCGACAAGAACAAGGCCAAGUUUGGGGUCGCAGGGACCGUCCAAGCAUUAAUCAAGGCGAUCUCUGGCCCAAACAGCGCGGCCUCACACCACUUGCUGAGCUCACUGGCUGAGCUCGUGCAGUUCCACGGCAAUUGCACCCUGGCCGUCCGAUCGGGCGCGGUACCAAUGCUUCUCGGGUUGCUGGCCAGCACUGAUGGCGAGGACUUGGUCGGGACCUCCUUGGCCAUUUUGGGCCUGCUAGCCCGGUUCAAUGAAGGACUGAAUGCUUUGAUACGGACGGACAAGAUCGUCGUCUCGAUGAUGGACGUGCUGAAAGGGAGGUGUAUGCUGAGCAAGGAAGGCGCAGCCGAGAUCCUUGUCCGGCUCUUCGACGAGAGUGAGGGUUGCACUCGAGAGGCUCUGAGAUUGCCGGAGUUCUCAACCGUUUUGGCCGAUCUUUCGGUCCGAGGGUCGGCGAGGGCGCGGGAGAAGGCCAGCUUCUUGAUGAGGAGGUGGAUGGAGGGUGACACUUAUGCUGAUGGGAACCAGUUACUCCUCCAAUGGUAG